UACAAAUAUAGACAAGAACGUUUACUAAUAAUACCAAUACAUUUAUGAUAUGUUUUUCCUAUAUUCUACAUGUGUUGUGUAUUUGCUUGCAAACCCAAACGUCAACUUUAGCACCACGUACAGCAUACGGCGGCACAAUGCAAAACAUUAUCCAUAUCCACCACCACCACCACGAUCACUAUCAAUACCACCUUCAUCCUAUCAUAUACCCAAGUCUAGGCUACGGUAUUUGCCACCGCCCACAAUCAUGACUGCCGCACAAUUCAAUGCGUCUGCUUAUGAAGCGACGCGUUCUCAAUUCGGGAAAAGUGAUUUAAUAAGGCCUCAACGAUUGUACAACGAUCAUUAUAGUAUAACUUCAAGUCUGCGAAAGCAAGCACCCACACUAUGGCAUAGCGUAUUGGCUUUACCGUUUGAUGAUCAAAAAUGGGGACACCGAGAACUAAGCACAUGUGGACGCAGCUAUGCGGCCAGAGCCGGUUUAUUUACCACUAACAAUAGUCACAACAAUAAUAAUAAUAAUAAUAAUAAUAAUAAUAAUAAUAAUAACAACAACAACAAAAAUCGUACUACACAACAUUAUCGUCAUCGCGCUUCACCCGAUUGCAAUACAGUCGCUUCCUUUGAUAGUUCUACAUCUGGUUCCCGGAACGGUCUAAAUAGGUAA